AUGGCUUCCGAUCGUGACGUCCUCCCUGCAUGGGCGAAGCCUUCCCACUAUGUCCUCUCUCUCCACGACAUCGAAUUCGGUGGUAGCUUUGGCUACAAGGGUACCGUAAACAUCACCACCAAGAUCACAAAGGACGAUGGCUUCAGCAGCCUGGUCCUGAACGCGCAUCAGCUCAAGCUCCAGAGCGCUGAGCUCAGGACUGGCGACAAGACACAAUCUGCAAAGAACAUUACAUACGAUGAGAAGAGGCAGCAGGUCACACUGGACUUUGGCGAAACAAUCAAGUACACUGGCGAUGCACAGCUGGAGAUCAAAUUCGACGGCUCAGUCAACAACAUCAUGGCCGGUUUCUAUCGCUCAAAGUACAAGCCCAAGGCCGACGUUCCCGCAUCCGUGGCCAAAGACGACGAGUUCCACUACAUGUUCAGCACCCAAUUCGAAGCCUGUGAUGCCCGCCGCGCUUUCCCCUGCUUCGACGAGCCAAACCUAAAGGCCACUUUCGAUGUCGAGCUUGAGGUGCCAAAGGACCAAGUUGCGCUCAGCAACAUGCCCGAAAAGGAGAUCAAGCCUAGCAAGCGAGACGGCUUCCACACUGUCGUAUUCGAGCGAUCACCCAUCAUGUCGACUUACCUUUUGGCAUGGGCUAUCGGCGACUUUGAAUACGUCGAGGCUUUCACAGAGCGCAAGUACAACGGCAAGAACAUCCCAGUCAGAGUCUACACCACUCGCGGUCUGAAGGAGCAAGGUCGCUUUGCGCUGGACAACUGCCACAAGAUUGUCGAUUAUUUCUCCGAGGUCUUCCAGAUUGACUACCCCCUCCCCAAGGUUGAUUUGUUGGCCGUCCAUGAAUUCUCACACGGUGCCAUGGAGAACUGGGGUCUCAUUACCUACCGUACUACUGCCUUGCUUUUCGACCCCGCGACAUCCGCAGACAGCUACCGAAACAGGGUCGCAUACGUUGUAGCUCACGAGCUCGCUCAUCAGUGGUUCGGCAACCUUGUCACCAUGGACUGGUGGAAUGAGCUUUGGCUUAACGAGGGUUUCGCCACAUGGGUGGGAUGGCUUGCUAUUGACCAUCUGUAUCCUGAAUGGAACGUAUGGGGACAGUUUGUCACUGAUUCCGUGCAACAAGCCUUCGCUCUCGACGCCCUCCGGACUUCUCAUCCCAUCGAAGUACCUGUAUACGAUGGUCUCGAAGUUGACCAGAUCUUCGAUCACAUUUCCUACCUAAAGGGAUCUUCCGUCAUCCGCAUGCUGAGCGCCCACUUGGGCGAGAAAGUCUUCCUACAAGGUGUUGCCGACUACCUCAAGGCUAACCAGUACUCCAACGCCACAACCAACGAUUUGUGGUCCGCCUUGAGCAAAGCCUCUGGCCAGGAUGUCAAUAGCUUCAUGGAUCUCUGGGUUCGUAAGAUUGGUUUCCCGGUUGUCACAGUGGCAGAGGAGCCUGGCCAAAUUGGACUUCGCCAGCAACGUUUCCUGCUUGCGGGUAACGUGAAGCCUGAAGAGGACGAAACUACCUGGUGGAUUCCAUUAGGUCUCCACACCGGCGACUCGGCUUCUGCUGCAUCUCUUCACAAGACUACCGCUUUGACACAAAAGGAAGACACUGUCCGAGACGUCAGCGAAGGCUUUUACCAGCUCAACAAGAACCUCACUGGCUUCUACAGGACCAACUACCCUCCGGACCGCCUGAAGAAGCUCGGUGAGUCUUGUGACCAGCUCACAGUCGAGGACAAGAUUGGUCUUGUUGGUGAUGCCUACGCAAAUGCUGUCGCUGGAUAUGGUUCAACCCCUGGCCUCCUCGCUCUGGCUGAGCGCUUCCAGGAUGAGUCUGACUACCUGGUUUGGUCCCAAAUUCUCACCAACAUUGGCAACGUACGUAGCGUUUUCUCUGGUAGCCAAGACAUCAGCGAGGGCCUGAGGAAAUACCAUCUCAAGCUCAUCACACCAGCUGUUGAAAAGGUUGGCUGGGAGUUCAAGGAUGGCGAGAGCUACCUUGUCGGUCAGCUUCGUGCUAGUCUCAUCCUGUCUGCUGGUAUCGUCGGUCACCAGGCUACUGUCGACGAGGCUCUGAAGCGAUUCGACGCCUACAUUUCGAACGGCGACAAUAAGGCUAUUCACCCGUCUCUUCGCCGAGCCGUCUUUGCGACUGCCAUUAAGAACCGCGGUGAAUCAGCACUCAAGGCUGUCCAGAACGAGUACCUCAACACCACAUCCAUCGACGGCAAGGAGAUUUGCCUCGGCUCUCUCGGCCGCGUACAGACUCCUGAGCUCGCCAAACAAGUCAUGGACUUUGUCUUCUCCGAUGCCGUCGCCAUGCAAGACAAGCACUCUUCCACCAUUGCCCUGGCCAACAACUCCAAGGUGCGCCCAGAAGUCUGGUACUACAUCCGCGACAACUGGGACUCCAAGGUCCACCCUGCACUCCGUGGGAAUCCAGUUGUGCUAGAGCGCUUCCUGCGCUUCGGUCUCAACAAGUUCACCGAUGCGGCUGUUGCGGAUGAUAUCCAAAAUUUCUUCAAGGACAAGGAUACCCGGGGUUACAACAAGGGACUUGAGGUUGUCGACGAUACGAUCCGCAGCUAUGCGGCAUACGCGGCGCGUGACGAGAAGGUUGUAAGAGAGUGGUUGAGCGCAAACGGAUAUCUGGCAUGA